AAUGGCUGAAAAAUGCAGGAGAGAGGUAGUGACACUGCCAUGGUUUCUUUUCUAAUUUUGAAAACAGAAUCGACUUCCAAAUUGAUUGACCUAUUACAGGGUUAAAUGGCUAAGGAUACAGCGGGGCGUCGGUAAAAUGGAUAUUAAAACUGCGGUUUUUAACGCGGCCAGAGAUGGGAAACUGAAACUUAUCCAGAAGUUGCUGAGCAACAAAAGUCCGGAGGAGUUGGAGGCGCUUGCCGAAGAGAAGACGCAGGGAGGCACCCCGCUUCUGAUCGCGUCCCGGUAUGGGCAUUUGGAGGUAGUGGACUAUCUGCUGGAGCACUGCAAGGCUAACGUAGAGCUGGGGGGCUCCGUUAAUUUUGAUGGAGAAACGAUUGAGGGGGCGCCCCCGUUAUGGGCGGCUUCUGCGGCGGGUCACCUGCCGGUCGUACGGACUCUGCUGAAACACGGAGCUUCUGUCAACAACACCACGCUGACCAACUCCACCCCACUGCGGGCAGCCUGCUUCGAUGGUCACCUGGAGAUCGUCCGCUACCUGGUGGAGCACCGUGCUGAUAUGGAAGUAGCUAAUCGGCACGGCCACACCUGUCUAAUGAUAUCUUGUUAUAAGGGCCACAAAGAGAUAGCCAAAUUUCUACUCGAACGUGGUGCAGACGUAAACCGGAAGAGUAUAAAAGGCAACACGGCCCUCCAUGACUGUGCAGAGUCUGGGAGCCUGGACAUCAUGAAGAUGCUGUUGAAGUGUAACGCGCGCAUGGAGAAGGACGGCUAUGGGAUGACCCCCCUGCUUGCUGCCAGCGUGACGGGUCAUACCAAUAUAGUUGAGUAUCUGGUGCACCAGCCCCGCUCCUCACGGGACGAGCGUGUGGAUGCCCUUGAGCUAUUGGGUGCGACUUUUGUUGACAAGAAGCGUGACCUGUUAGGAGCCAUGCGCUACUGGAGGCGAGCCAUGGAGCUGCGACAGGGAGGGGAGCGGGUCGGGCCGCUGGUCAAGCCCCCUCCAGGGCCCCCUGUCCCCGCGUACGACUGCGCGCGGGAGGUGAGGACGGCAGAGGAGUUGGAGAGCCUGAUUACAGACCCGGACGAGAUGCGCAUGCAGGCACUGUUGGUGCGUGAGCGCAUCCUCGGCCCCUCGCACCCUGACACCUCCUAUUACAUCCGCUACCGGGGGGCCGUCUACGCCGACUCGGGCAACUUUGAGCGCUGCAUCAGCCUGUGGAAAUACGCGCUGGACAUGCAGCAGAGCAACCUGGACCCGCUCAGCCCGAUGACCACCAGCAGCUUCCUGUCCUUCGCAGAGCUCUUCUCCUUUGUGCUGCAGGAUCGCGCCAAGGGCACGCUGGCCACCCGCGUCAGCUUCCAGGACCUGAUGGGCGUGCUGAGUAAGAGCGUGCGCGAGGUGGAGCGGGCUGUGGCCCAGCGCGACAGCCCCCCCGAGGUGCCGCAGUUCAGCAAGGCGCUGUCCAUCAUCCUGCACCUCAUCUUUCUGCUGGAGAAGCUGGACUGCACCCCUGAGCAGGAGCACCAGAAGAAACAGACCAUCUACCGCCUGCUGAAGCUCAACCCAAGGGCCCGCAAUGGCUACACUCCGCUGCACAUGGCGGUGGAUAAGGAGACGACAGCAGUGGGACGCUACCCUGUGGGCCGCUUCCCGUCUCUGGCAGUGGCAGCUCUGCUGUUAGAGUGCGGUGCUGACGUGGACUCCCGCGACAGCGACAACAAUACACCGCUGCACGUGUGUGCGGCCAACGGCUGCCCGGAGAUCAUGAGCAUGCUGGUGCGUGCAGGCGCACACUUUGACGCCACCAACGCACAGCGGAAGACAGCCUAUGAGAUGCUGGAUGAGCAGAACAGCGGCCGCCACACUCUGCACCCCCUCAACUAUGUGACGCUGCAGUGCCUGGCAGCGCGUGCCAUCGAGAAGCACAGACUGCCCUACAAGGGGCUGAUCUCAGACGAGAUGGAGGCCUUCAUCCAGCUGCACUGACCCCCAUCUUGCCUUCUCUGCAUCAGCCAUUUUCCUUACACUCAGCUCUUCUCAGGCUGAGACCAAAUCAAAGCAAUAAUCCCACUAAUCGCAAACCACAGCCCCAUAACUCGAGGAGGAUGUUUCAGUUGAUUUCUUUCUUCCAGAACACAAACACCUUGACGUUCUGGUCUUGGAUUUGCAGUUAGGGCGUGGCUGAAAAUGCUGAUUUGAUUUAGGCUUUUAUGGUCUCAGCUUUUCUCAGAUUUCCACACAUGCAAGAUAAGUGUUUAGUUUCGCCUGUCAGUAUGUAAUUUGACUAUACAGUCAUUUUUAAGGUGGCGGUAGGUAGCAGUUCAAAAUCAGGAAUGGGAUAUUACUGUAAAGGGGAUUACUAAAUUUGGUAAAUGCCUGCAUGUUGGGUUAAAAAGUGAGUGAGAUAGUUUGUUCAAAAUGUCUUAUUGCCAGUAAAUCUGUCAGCCUCUGUGAUGCAAAGCUUGUACGUCCCACUCCUGUCUGUCCUUCUCUUGGUACUAUUUUGUUUCAUUUUUAGUUAUUCCAUGUUAUGGUAACUUCCACUGGGAAAAGCAGUGAAGUCUGCUGUGCCAAACUGACACCCUAUAUUUCUCAGGCUUCACCGGAUACCUGUUUGCUGCGAGUGGGAAGGCUCCUCACUGGCCUUACGUGCCAUUUGUCUAUAGCUGGUGUUGCAUCAUUAUUCAUUAGAAACUGUCCAGCCUAGUCUGGUUAGAUUCUACAACAGGAAAUUUUGAAAAAGGCACUUUUAAUCCCAAGAGAAUUAGGGGUGCUUUAGACCUGUUAGUUUAUUGCAUUUGAAAAACAUCCACCUUUGAUCUCUGAAUUUGGUCAAUCAUCUUUUAUUAUCAAGCUGGGAGAUUUCACCAGAGUUGGAGGUUAGAAUGAAUUAUGGAGUCUGGUAAUGGACUACAUUUGCCUCUUAGUCUUAUUAUUAUUGAUGUUUUCAUUUUGGUUUAUUAUUUUACAAUAUCACAUUUCAUUGUUUGAUGUUAUGUUGUUAACUUGACCUUAUUUAAAGCACUUUGAAAAAUCCUAGGACUCUUGCAUCCGAGCUUUGGACUCACUCAUUAACUCUGGAGUUCCUUGUCUAACAGAUUGUUGAAUCUUUGGGGCAAAACUGAGUUUGAGAUGCCUGAAUAAAAUUCAGU